AAGCAGGAACCGCCAGAACGCAAGCCGCGCAAGCGCAAGUAUGAGCUGUACACUGGUGAGCAGUCGGACGAGGAGAAGAAGAAGAAGCCGCCACCGCUCAAGCCGGCACCUCGGCCACCUCCCAUCGUGGACUACCACACUCUGCUUCAGCUGGCCAACACGAAACAGCACGAGCCUGUGGUCAUCGAGCGGCUCGCGCCCACUCGGACGGAGGAGUCGCGGCCACUCACCAAGCAGGAGAAGGAGCGGCGCCUUGAGGAGGAGCUGCACCGAAAGGGUGUCAAGUUGCCGUCAAAAUUCCCACCUGCCAAGCGGAAAGAAGGGUCCGACAAAAAGCCGCCGCCAGCAGCAGUGAACGGAAAGCGUCCAGCGGCAGUGCCCGACAAGGCCCCCAAGUCCGAGCCCCAGAAGUCCGAGCGUGAGCGUCUCAAGGAGGAGCGGCAGCGGCUGAUGGAGGAGGAAGAGCGGGAGCUGCAGGAGAUGGAGCAGCGAUUGGCUGAGCGACGCAAGGAGAUCGCCCGUAAGCAGCGAGAACUCGAGGAGAAAGAGGCGAGGGCGUCUGCUGCCAAGCGACCGCCAGAGAAGAUGGCUGCACCGCCACGGAAACCCCCCAGCCAGCCUGCGCCACGCCUCAGUUCCAGUGGGGGUGAGAGGAGAGAGCGCGAUGGGGCACCUCCUUCGGUCAAGAAGCCAUCCGGGAGCAGCAUGGCAGAUGAUCGCAGGCCAAAAGCCUCGUCCGAGACAUCUUCGCACAAUCGACCGUCGUCUUCAUCUCUUUCCAAGAAGCCAUCGUCAUCGUCAUCAUCAUCUAGAGACGCACUAAAGAAUGGCAGCCGAGCACCGGAUGCCCGCUCUUCCAUCUCCAAGAAGCCCGUCUCAUCGUCCAAGUCGAGAGUCGAAGACGAGGAGGAGGACGGGGACACCUUCUACGCAUACUCGCACAAGCCCAAGGCCCCGCUGCCCAAGGGCUCCUCCUCUUCGUCGGCGUCGUCGUCGCAGUUGCCCAAGAAGUCGUCGUCGUCUUCCGGCUCGGCAGAUGUCAAACGCAGUUCCUCGGGCUCCGCCUCCUCCCACAGCCACAAGUCAUCAUCGCACAGCAGGGACGAGAGUCGCACGUCCACGUCCACACACAAGUCGGCCGUUCCGAGCCGUGCUCGAGAGGAAGUGCGCCGGAAAGGGGACGAGAAGCCAGCAACUAACUCACGGCUGAGUGAGGAGGAGCUGGCCAGGCGCAAGGAGCAGGCGCUGCGCAUCAAGCGGCAGCUGGAGGAGAAGCGCAAGGAGUCGACGCAGCCUGCACCCAAGCCCAAGAAGCUGGAGGAGCAGUACGAGGAUCUCUACCGGAGGCUGCAGGGAGUCCAAUACAUAGAGUCCGAGGAAGAGGACGACGAGUACGAAGACGAGGAGGACGAAAUGGACGACUUCAUUGAUGACACACCGCAAGAUAUCGACUACUCCAAGCACAUCCGUGAGAUCUUUGGCUACGACAAGAACAUGUUUGAAGAUGAUGACGAUGACGAAGCCAUGGAGUCAAGCUACGCACAACAGAUGAAGGAGGAAGUACGAAGCGCGAGAAUCGGACUCAAGGAGGACCUCGAGGACAUGAGGCGCGAGGAGGAGGAACUGCGGCAGAAGCAGAUGCGCAAGCUGCAGAUGAUGCGCAAGAUGCACCGCAAGCUGUAGAAGAGCCCCACACUGGUGACACGCUGGACUCCGUGGCUAGACUAGAACCAAGGGACUGUGACCAUCCCUCAUAAGUGCUCACGUUGUGCUUGCCCGUGCAGUGGAAGGCCCCUUUGGGGCUGUCUCUGUGCUACUGUAUUGACCGCUAUUCGAUGCUGUCGCAUUCACGCUGCGCUUAAUGCAGUCGCUUGCAGCCGAGUCCGCUUCUUGGCAUCCUGUUGGGAGGUUCAAGCGAAAUCUUUCCCAGAAAGCUUCACUUAAGAAUGGUGCUGUUGAUGCCAGCUGGAGCAGCAGUCACUACAAUCUCCCACUGCAGCGAAAGUGGGCUUGCAUUUGAAAAAGAUGUGUUUCUGGGUGAAACCUGGAAUUCUGUACUGAAGUUGACUUGUUUAAUUUCAGCCUCACGGACUGAUGCAACUGUCCAGGGGCAUAGCGUGUUUGUCCGCAUGUUGCCGAGUUGGCCCUCAUGUCUGAAAGCCGUUAUUGGCAUAGUGCCUGUUAUGCAAUCACAAUGCUCGCACGCAUCUCCGGAGUUCCACUUUCUACGAGUGAGACCACUAACCGUCAAGGCAUGUUCUGGGAGCGAACCCGAAAUUGCUGGCUUGCACAGUACAGGAGCUCUGUACUGUGCAAUUUUUAUUUCAGCAGGCCCAAAUAACAACCUCUAAUCUGCAAACUGAGCUCUGGUGUUCUUGCUGCCCGCUGCCAUUGGCUGUUCUUUUACUGUGGUUAUAGGCUGUUCAAGUGUUCUGUCACUGCUCAUUGAUUGGCUCUGGCACCAGUGUGAGUUUCAGAUGGUGCCCAUCGCUGUUUGGCUGUAGACAGAUAUUGCUGCCUCUGUGCAUGAUUGACGUUCUUGGAAUUAAAUUCUUGAAUAGCCAGCUGUACAUUACACCUGAUUGUGGUUACCAUGCAUUAUUCGUUUCGGGAUGUAUAUGUGGCAGCGGCAUAAAAGCUUUGUCUCUUCUCUGUGAAGUUUCUUGCACUGCAUGUUGCCUGUCUUCUGUGCUAUCUGCACUUGCUACACUAUUGUGCAUUACAGCUUUGGGGUUGAGGGGGGUUUGUAUACUUGUACAUUGGCAACAAAGUUGAAGUAGGCUUUAUUUAGUGUACCAAUGUCUGCUGUCCUUUUGUGACAUCCUUCAUUGUCAACAUUGUGCGCUGUGGCAACGCAAAUUGUUGAGGAGGCUGAUGUCUCGGGCCUCAUGGAUGUUGGGCGCUGCUGUAACGUGUACUAUACAUAGUGUGAUGAGAAAGCUGGGCUUUGCAAUCUGUAAAGUCUGUGUUUGUGUGAGUGUUGAUAGGAGGCUGCAAUCAACCCUCAGGGUGUCAUAUUGAAUGCCCUGUGGGUUUCAGAAAAAAAAAAUUAAUAAAAUAUUUUUGACAA